AUGGCUGCGGCGCCGAAACAUGAUGUUGCUGAAAUAGCACAUAAAGUGUUGAAACUUUGUGUGCAAGAAAGGCAGAAUGUUCCUUCACAACCAAUUGUAAGCAUCGUUCCCCCUCAGAAUGAGAGAGAAAUAGGGAGCAUUGCAAAGCCAUCGCAGGCACCAAGCUCGAUUGAUGUCACCCUUUCACACGCGGAGAAAAUUUUUGGGUAUCGUGUCCGCAUGGACCAUCCACGAUUCUUUGGUUUCAUCCCAUCUCCAGCAUCCGAUUUGUCUUGGCUGGGUGAAAUUCUCAACUCUGCUUAUAAUACGCAUGCCGGAAGCUGGUUUCAAAGUUCCGGUCCCAGUGCCGUGGAAAAGCAUCUCUUGUCUUGGCUAGCGAGGGAUGCCAUUGGGUAUCCUGAGAUGGCUGGAGGCUGUUUCGUUUCUGGAGGCUCCAUGGCUAAUCUAUCUGCGCUCAUGGUAGCACGGGAUCAGAAGCUAUCGUUUGAAGACAGGAGCAAGGCAGUCGCUUACACUUCUGAUCAAACCCACUCAUCAUUAGCGAAAGGCUUGGGGAUUCUUGGAUUCCACCCUAAUCAAAUUCGUAAGGUGGCUUGCGAUGAUAAGAUGCGAAUCAAUACAACACUACUUCAAUCGGCCAUUGAGGAAGAUAACGCAUCUGGCAAAAUUCCGUUCCUUAUUGUUGGGAACGCAGGGACUACAAACACCGGCACUGUCGACCCAUUUCCUGAGCUUGCAGCCAUUGCGAGGGAACACGGCCUGUGGCUCCAUGCUGACGGAGCUUACGGGGCAUCUGCUCUGCUCUGCAAAUCGCGUCGCAGUAUUCUCAAUGGUAUUGAACUCUGUGACAGCCUAUCUUGGGAUGCCCAUAAAUGGCUUUUCCAAACAUACGGCUGCGGAAUGGUUCUCGUACGGAAUCGUAAGAACCUUACUUCAACCUUUGGAACAUCUGCAGAGUAUACCCAAGACGCUGCCGAGACAGCCGAGUCAUUCCCAAAUUUCUGGAAUUACGGACCAGAACUCACACGACCUGCAAGAGCAAUGAAACUAUGGUUCUCCUUCCAGCUUCUUGGUUUGGAUGCAAUUGAUAAUUAUAUCAACCACGGGUUUGAACUGGCAGAGAUAGCACAGUCAUCAUUGGAGCGCCUACCAGACUGGGAGAUCUUAUCUUCAGCACAGAUGGGUAUCAUUUGUUUUCGAUACAAGCCUUCUGGAAUCCCGGCAGAAAGCUUGGAUGGCUUGAAUGCGAAGAUUUCUCAAACGGCAAUUGAGGAAAACUUGGCAGCACCGUUGACGACAAGAAUACGAGGAGUGUUAGUACUGCGAAUAUGCUGUAUACAUCCCGGCUUAAGUGGUGAGGAAAUGGUAGCAGUUAUAGAUGGGCUGAACCAGGUCGCGAAGUCCUUGCUGCCAAGUAUCGAUAGCAAGACAAAUGGACUUUAG